GUGACGACGCGCGUCGGCGUCCCGUCUCCAGCAUAAAACUAUCUACAGGCCCACACCCUCCACUCCCCGCCGCGUGUUCACGGGACGCUUAGAUGGCACGCUUGUUGCGUUCGUACACUUCUUAACGUUGCAACGACAAUGGCAGAGCGCAAGCGAGCGAGCAGCGCCGGCUACGAAGUGUUCAGGCUACGCGAGACGGUGGCGCGGUUGAAUCGUGAGCUGAUUGCUCUGAGGGCCGCCGUACACUUCGGACAGCAGCAGCUGGGAUGCCUCACGGGCCUCGUUAAAAGGGCUUGGACCGGUGACGCUGCAGCUGCAGUUCACGUUGCAAACAUAGUUGGAGUGGCUCCACCUCGGCUCACGGUGGGCGAUGCUGCAGAUGGACGGAAGAUUGUCAUGGCUCACAUCAAGCAUAUUUCACCGUGGAAAGCAACCGGAUCGGAAAAAGAGGACAAUAAUUCCACGCGCGAAUCAACAAAGCGCCUUAUCCAAAGGACGGCAUACCUGGACGAACAAAUGCAGGAGCAUGCAAGGCUACGAUCGCCAUCGCUCGGAGUUCCAUGGCGCGGUUCAACAGCCCGGCCCCACCGUCCUCUCUCUCAGCCGGCUGCCACCACCACUGCCACCACCGCUGCCGCCGCCACCACCACUGCCUUCGCCACAGGCAGUGCCAGCUCAAGCGACAAGUCGUCACAGGAGCCGCACACGUCUCUCGCCGCUCACGCGCUGUCUGCACCGAGCCCAAUGGAUUCUCCGGCGUCCGCACCGGCAAACACAUUCCUCGGCAAAAGGAGCAACAUGGUGUCGGAGGAAGACAUGAGCGACAUCAACUCCCUUUUGACGACGGCGGUGUUGACAGGAGACAAGGACCCAGAUGACAAGCUCGCAGAACAAACGGCGCUGUGUGGAUGGACCCCACGCGAACCACCCAACACCGCGUUCAAACUACUUCAGCAGACGCUCGGCGGCACAAACGGAGACGUCGCAAGGCAGCGGCGGCCGGGGACAGCCGUCGUCGGCAAGGCCACUGCGGGAGAAGCAAGGCCAUUCAGCGCUGCCACGGAAAUGAAGAAGAAGAAUAUAAACAACAACUCGCCACGAUUCGGACGGCUCUUUCUCACCGGCGGUGUCUCGAGACCGGCCGCGGAUUUCCGAGGCGCGUACGAAAGAGAAAGCGGCGGCGGCGGCGGCAGCGCUCGGCAGGCCGAUCAAAUCCGCCUGCCGCAUCCGCAGCCGUGGCGGACCCUCGAGGGCACGGCGAGACACAAGCCCGUGUCGGGCCGGGCCAAGCUGUCCGCGCGAAUAUUCGCGGAAGAGCCACGGCGCCGCGUCGGGGAGGUCGCGACCGCGGACGGCUCGAGCAGAACGCCCGGCACGGAGGGCGAGGAGGAGGAGAAGACGCCGCAGCAGCAGAGGAGAGCCGCCACGCUCUUGCAGAGGCGGCUGGGGAUCGCGGACUCGGGUCUCGUUUGAAGCCCUCCGCCGUCGAGAUGAUGGCGGAGAGAGAUGUUAACUCCCUCGCCUGGUAUGCAGGAAGUCGUGUGUUCGAUCCCGAUCCUGACGUCUGCUGUGUAUUUGGAGUUUGCGGUGUCUCUCUCUUUCUAAUCAUGAUCACGGUGGCUAUGAGAUGUUAACUCCCUCGCCUUGUAUGCAGGAGGUCGUGGGUGCGAUCCCGACCCUGAUGCCUGCAGUGUAUUUGGAGUUUGCGGUGUCUCUCUCUUUCUCAUCAUGAUCACGGUGGCUAUGAGAUGUUAACUCCCUCGCCUGGUAUGCAGGAGCGCGUGGGUUCGAUCCCGACCCUGACGUCUGCUGUAUAUUUGGAGUUUGCAGUGUCUCUCUCUCAUCAUGAUCACGGUGGCUAGGAGAUGUUAACUCACUCGCCUGGUAUGCAGGAGGUCGUGGGUUCGAUCCCGACCCUGACGUCUGCUGUGUAUUUGGAGUUUGCGGUGUCUCUCUCUUUCUCAUCAUGAUCACGGUGGCUAGGAGAUGUUAACUCCCUCGCCUGGUAUGGAGGAGGUCGUGAGUUCGAUCUCGACCCUGACGUCUGCUGUAUAUUUGGAGUUUGCAGUGUCUCUCUCUCAUCAUGAUCACGGUGGCUAGGAGAUGUUAACUCACUCGCCUGGUAUGCAGGAGGUCGUGGGUUCGAUCUCGACCCUGACGUCUGCUGUGUAUUUGGAGUUUGCGGUGUCUCUCUCUUUCUCAUCAUCAUCACGGUGGCUAUGAGAUGUUAACUCCCUCGCCUGGUAUGGAGGAGGUCGUGAGUUCGAUCUCGACCCUGACGUCUGCUGUGUAUUUGGAGUUUGCGGUGUCUCUCUCUUUCUCAUCAUCAUCACGGUGGCUAUGAGAUGUUAACUCCCUCGCCUGGUAUGGAGGAGGUCGUGAGUUCGAUCUCGACCCUGACGCCUGCUGCUGAAUAUUUGGAAUUUGCGUGUCACUGUCUCUCUCCGUGUUCGCGUGGAUUUUUUCUCUGGGUCCUCCGUUUUUUUUCCUUCCACAUUUAGAACCAACGUGCAUUUAGGGUAUUUGCCUUCUAUACAUUUGCACGUGAUCAGCCACUUCGUUGAGCAGCACUCAUUUGUGAUCGCCAGGUCGCUUCUGAAGAAGAGCCAUAUAGCUCAGUAGGCCUUACCUGCUAAAAUAAAAAAUAAAAAAUUCGUCGUUUUUUUAUUAUAGAUUUCCCAGAAUCUCCUUGCACGGCCCUCAGUGUCGGGACAGCGGCCCGCGCUGGUCUCUUCCACGUUUGUUUAUCCGAGCGCGAAAUGUCGUCAACGUGCUUGGAGCCGCAGCGGUGUAAUGGUCAGCGCGCUCGACUUAAAAGAGGCCAAAGGUUCCAAUCAAGCAUCCGGCGCAGUAGUUGAUGCAUUCGGAAAGUUUGUUAAACUCUCACCCCCCCCCGCCCCCACGUUCCUUUGCUGAUGACCUCUCAGCGGUUUAACGGAGGACACCACGGAUAGUCGAUCGGCAGGGGUUGUUUGUGUGUUUGUGGGGAGCGGUGGUGUAGCGGUUAGCGCGCUGCGCUAUGAACCCGGCGACUAGGCCUCGGCAAGGUAAGGUAAUUUACCCUUUUUACCGGGUAAAAGGGUAAAGAUAAACGUGUCGACAUGCCAAUGGGUAAGGGUAAAGGGUAGGGUAAAGGUAGACUCGUUGCUUUUUACCUUAUACCUUACCUGCUAAAGGGUAACAGGUAGGGUAGAGUGAUUGUAUUUUGGUAAGGUAAAAGGUAGGGUAAAGGUAGGCUCGUUUUUUUAACACUUUUACCUUACCUUGCCGAGGCCUACCGGCGACCCCGAGUUCAAUUCCCGCUCACGGCCAACACCAGUGACGAUUUUCUGAACCGGUCCUGGGCCUCUCCUAGGUCGACUCAGCCUCAAAUGAGUAACCCGCACCAUGUGUAAACAUCGUCACUGGGGAGACAAAGGCGGCCGGGCGUGGUGCUGGCCACUCACCCCCCUCGUGCGCCGUGCCGGCCUUCAUAGGUGCUCGCUAACAGCACUUGCCCCAACAGUCUGUUAAGGCUAUAGGGGUAUCUAUGUCAUUGUUGUUGAUGUGUAGUGUGGGUUACUCAUACUUUCCCCAGACGUCUGGCCAGUGCAGAGGAAGAGUAGGCCAAACGUUCCUUGAAAUGGGCCUCUCGCGAGCUCCCUCCAGCGGGGGCCACUUGUGCCAGCGGUGGCGCGAGCCAAGCACUUGCAGGGUUGCGCCUUUAGUCCUUGGAGCCCGAUGCAUCUGCGCGUUUUUUUUUUAUUAAAGGAGUCUUUCGUGCCUUUCGUGGACAUUUGAUAAAAAUAAAUGUUGCUUUAUCGAUAGCGAGCGUGAGUGAUGUAAGCUUGAUUUUCUGUGAUGUGCAAGAAAUUAACGUGAGAAAUCGUAAGGUGUAAGAAUUGUUUGCUUGGUAAAAGAAUCAUGCCUGCCGUAUGAACAAUAAUGUACCGAUCUAUAAAGAUAGCAAUACAAUGUUGGACAUCCUUUGCCUAUACUGAGUGUUUAUAUAUAUUGGGAGAUUGCACGGUAACAGAAUUACCAGGCCAACGUAGGUGCGUUAGUCACGGAGAUGAAAUUGUCUCGAUGCGCAUCACACUGCUCUGUGUAAUUCCGUUACCGUCGAAUACGACUUCAUGCACUUGCACGUACAUUGUACGGAUUCCCGUCUGUCUUUACGAUUUAUUUUCAUUGAAUCUCUUUGCUAAGACUUAUAAAUAAUGGUAUAAGCAUUUUUUUGAUGUGCUGAAUAAACUGUACUGCUGUUCUAGAUUUGAAGCUUUCGUGACUGCAAGGAUUUAUACUCUUAGGUUUUUUCAGUAAAGUCACG